CCCUGGCGGCCGUCUGCCGUACCACCAGUCGUACGGCAGGGCAAGACGUCGCGGCGGCAGCGACGGCGGUAAGGGAGGCGCUUCUGUCUCGAUUGGUACCUGAGCUCCUAGCAUGUAAGGUGCCUCUGGCGACAGCAGCUGCUGCAGCAGCGGCGGCUGGUGCUAGCGGUGGCGGCGGCGGCGGCGCUAGCGGAGGUGGUCUGGCGCAGUCGCUCCCAGCCGCCGCACUGCUUUGUCGUACGGCUGCGGAGCUAGCAGUGGCGGCGGCGGUAUCACAAGCGGUGGAUGACGAGGCGGGACACACGGAGGGUACGGCGGCUGGCAAUUCCCGGGUCGGCAGCGACAGCAGCGGCGGAAGCAGCAGCGACGCGGCUCUUGGUAUCCUUGUGGCGCAGUGUUGCCGGGUGCUAUGCGGGGGAGCAGGAAGCGGUUCCUCCGAGAAAGUGGCGACGGAGGCGAAAGCUGCCGAUGGCGACAGCGGCGGCGGCGG